AUGUUUAACCAGAUCGACAUGAAGGAGCAGCAAUGGAGAAUAUUCGAAUACAACAUGAGCAAAUGGAUGAUCGAAAAUAAGUACAUUUUGGAUAAGGAAGAGAAGAAGAAGUUUUACAAGUGUGCAAAUUAUAGCAUAGGAACUGGGAUUAUAAAUGCGUCUUUAGUAUACUGUUUUUGCAAAAGGAACAAGAAAUUUUUCACACCCAUGUCCAGAUUUUUUUUAACCUUUUCCUUGGGUGUAUACACUUCCAUGGUGGUGAACAAAAUUUUCAGGCGGAAGGCCUACAUGGAGAUCCUGACGGAGAAGACCACCAUGUCCGAUACGGCGAGAGAAGUAAUGAAUGAUAUUUUGAAUGUGAAGAACGAAGUUGGAAAAGCGCCCUCCACUGGCAGUGCCAACAAGUUGGACAGUACGAACACGUCGAAUGUGUAUUCCAAGGGCCUGUAUGAUGACGGACAGGCGCAGAUACAUGGGGAUCCUCCGUCCAAGGGCAGUGCAAAUGUCCCCUUUGUUCAAGAUCUAAAUGAAACAAUUCUGAAUGAACAGAUGAGUGACGACUUCGAAAGACGUGUGUGUUCAAUUUACACAUCAUGGGACCCUUAA